AUGGGCAUCAAGGGACUGACGAAGCUACUGGCGGACAAUGCUCCGAACGCCGUGAAGGAGCAGAAGCUCGAGAGCUACUUCAGCCGGAGGAUCGCCAUCGAUGCCAGCAUGAGCAUCUAUCAGUUCCUUGUUGUGGUUGGGAGGAAGGGGACUCGGAUGCUCACCAAUGAGGCUGGUGAAGUCACCAGUCAUCUGCAAGGCAUGCUUUACCGGACGAUUAGGCUGUUGGAGGCGGGCAUAAAGCCAGUCUACGUAUUUCAUGGUCAACCUCCUGAUUUGAAGAAGCAAGAGCUUGCAAAACGAACUGUGAAGGUGACGCAACAGCACAAUGAAGACUGCAAAAGACUAUUAAGGCUUAUUGGUGUCCCAGUAGUUGAGGCUACUUCAGAAGCAGAGGCACAAUGUGCUGCACUUUGCAAAGCUGGAAAGAUUUAUGCAGUUGCUUCUGAAGACAUGGAUUCCCUUACUUUUGGAGCUCCUAUAUUUCUUCGCCAUUUAAUGGAUUCCAGCUCAAGAAAAGUUCCAGUCAUGGAAUUUGAAAUUUCAAGAAGUCCCAUCAGCAGCUCCGAUUUUUCACUUGUGUCCAGUGAGCUCGGAUCUGCUGCAUUGUUUGGUGCGUUGCUGCCGCCUCUGAAACUGGGAGCAAGCUGUGCACUUUCUGCACCGUCAUAUGUAGCUUCUUUUGGCUCCUCAGGUGCCUUCAUACUUUGCACCUCCUCCCGCAUCUGCUCCUCCUUAUAG